UGCAUAUGCUCCCGCUGCAGCUGUCCGGGCUCGGCCUCAGCGCCAGCCCGCGAGCACUUCCCGAAGGCGUCUCGAGUGGCGGCGUCGUGCGGUACUUUGCGUUUGGCUCAAACCUGCUGCGCUCAAAGAUGGAUAAGCGAGGCGAGACGGGCGUGAUCGCAUGCACCGCCGGGGUAGUGCCCGACCACCGGCUGGCGUUCAAUAUGCGCAUGUUUCCGCCCCUCGAGCCUUCGAUGGCUUCGAUCGAGCCCAGCCCGGGCGAGGUGUGCGAGGGCGCCCUCUACACGCUCACGCGCGACGGCUACGAGGCGCUGUGGCAGAGCGAGGGCGGCGGCAUGGAACGGCCCGGCUACGAAGAGGUGAGCGUGCCCGUGAGCGUGGACGGGACCAUCGUCCAGGCGGUCACGCUGCGCGCGGCGCCGUGGAUGCGCCUGCGGCGAGACGCCCCGCCGAGCGCGCGGUACAAGGAGCUCAUCGUCCAAGGAGCCGUGGAGCUCGGCCUCUCCGACGCUUACGUGUCCAUGCUCUCCGCCCUGCCCGCCGCGUCGCCCUCGCCAGCGCUCAGGGCGCUGGCGACUGCGCAUGGCGUGGUCGCAGUCCUCCUCCUCCGGCUGAGCGCCGCGCUCGGCGCGCCGUGGGCCAGGAGAGUCCUCGCUCCGGUGCGGGCCGCCUGCUAUGCCCUGCUCCGCGCCCAGGCGUCCUCCCGCGCCGAGGCGCAGCGCGGUGCCGCCCGCUCGGCGAGCGCCACGCUGGUUGGCUUUACCUCUGAGGCUGCGAUGGCGGCCAUCCUGCUGCCCACCGCCGCGCUUGGCGCGUCCGCGCGCCUCGUGCUGCGCGCGUGCGGCAGGGAGGGCUGGGUGCGGUUCGGGCCGCCCAGCGCGCGCCGGCGCGCGCCGGCGAGGUAGAGAGAGGAGAGAGCAGGGAAUGGCGGCGGGUUAAGGACCGGCCACGCGUUUUUUAUUCUUGUGCCGGGAAUCUGAGCAUC